AUGGCCGAAGUUGCAUCAGCAUCGCACGCCAACCAGCAGGUGCCGCUGGACACGAUCCCCAUCUCGCCUACUGAGAACUCGGGCGAGGGCCAGGAACAAUCCUCCACCACCAACUCCGGCGGCGAGGGCGAGAUCCGCACCGUCUUCCACGACCCCGAGAACUUCAACGUCAAGCACCCGCUUAUGAACACAUGGACGCUGUGGUUCACCAAGCCCCCGAGCGGCAAGGGCGACAACUGGGCCGAGCUGCUGAAGGAAGUCAUCUCGUUUGAUUCGGUCGAGGAGUUCUGGGGCAUCUACAACAACAUCACCCCCACAUCCGACCUCGCGCUCAAGUCCGACUACCACCUCUUCAAGAAGGGCAUCAAGCCCGAGUGGGAAGACCCGCAGAACAAGCACGGCGGCAAAUGGGCCUUCCAGUUCAGGGAGAAGAAGUCGGUCAACAUCGAUGCGCUCUGGCUCCAUGUCAUGCUCGCUGCCAUCGGCGAGAACCUCGAGGAUGAGGACGACAACGAGGUCAUGGGUGUCGUCGUCAACGUGAGGCGAGGCUUCUACCGUAUCGGUCUGUGGACACGCACCGUCGGCCGCGCCAUCCCCGGUGAUGCCGGCAAGGCCAGGACUCAGGAGAAGGGUAAGGAGAUUCUGCUGAAGAUCGGAAAGCGGUUCAAGCAGGCCCUCCAGCUGAAGGAGAACGACGUUGUCGAGUUCUCUGGCCACACCGAGGCUGCCAACGCGGGCAGCACUCGUGCGAAGGCCAAGUUCAGCGUCUAA